CUAUUCUUCUUUUUUUCUCUCCUGAAUGGAAAGAAACUCUCAUUUCACUUCGUCUAGUUUCAGAUCUUUGCUCUCAGGGAUCAGAUAUCAGCACUUGGUGGCUGGUCUGUGUGGAGGUGUGGCUUCUACGCUAGUGACACACCCAUUUGAUCUCAUUAAGCUAAGAUUUGCAGUUCAAGAUGGAGCAGUAACUGAUCAAAGACCUAAAUACCAGGGGCUUACUCAUGCCUUCAGAACUAUAUACAGACAGGAUGGGAUACUAGGCCUCUAUAGGGGUUCCAGUGCUAAUGUGGUUGGAGCUGGUCUUUCAUGGGGAUUUUAUUUCUUUUUCUAUAAUGCAUUCAAGUUUCAAGCUCAAGAUGGCAACCUCAAGCGGCAGCUUAGCCCAUUAAUGCACAUGCUCCUAGCAUCAUGUGCUGGCGUCCUAACACUAAGUCUAACCAAUCCCAUUUGGGUCAUAAAGACUAGGUUGUGUCUACCAGAUACAGAGAGUGUUCCUUCUCACAUGAGAUACAAAGGACUCAGAGAUGGGUUGUGGAAACUUUACAAAUACGAAGGUAUUAGAGGACUCUAUAAAGGAUAUAUUCCUGGUUUAGUUGGUACUAGUCAUGGCACGAUACAGUUCGUGGUGUAUGAAGAAUUAAAGAAAACUUAUUGUAACUAUCAAUCUAUACCAAUCACAGCUCAACUAGGUCCGUUAACAUACAUUGCAAUGGCUGCCACUUCAAAGGCAGUUGCAGCAUCAGUCACUUAUCCUUAUCAAGUCAUAAGAGCCAGACUACAGGAUCAGGAGCAGAAGUACAGUGGUGUCAUUAGUACUAUUAAAAGAACAUGGCGUAACGAAGGCUAUAAAGGUUUUUACAAAGGACUUAAACCAAAUUUAAUUAAGGUUGUUCCUGCCACAUGUAUCACAUUCGUUGUUUACGAGUAUAUGUCAAAACUAUUACUGCAGCAAUAGUUUCAUGUAUCACUCUCUCAUUAUUAUUAUUAUUAUUAUUAUUAUUUAUGAUCAUGUUUUCAUUAUUUUCUUUGUUUUGCUUAAUAUAUUUAUUAUAUUACAACAUGUACAAUUAUGGGAAAAUAAAUUUCAAGAGAUAUUUUUAUG